AUGGACACGAUACCGUCGACCAACGGGUCGACCAGCCACGAGAGUUUGACCCCGGAGCCAUCGUCUUCUGCCACACCGUUCGACCCAGAGCUUUUCCGAGCGUACCUGAUUGCUCUUUUACCGCCAGUCAUCGGCGCUGCGCCAGCAGACCUGGAAUCUCUGUUCGAUGACGAGUUCAACGCGAGAGUGACACGGUUUGCCAACGAGAGCGGGGGAGUCGUUUAUGUCGUGAAGGUCAAGGAGGAUUCAGAAGAUGAUGCACCACCAAUCUAUUCGUACCAUCUAACCUCCCAAUUGACAUAUCAUCCAUCACAUGUAACGACACUCGCCCUGAUCAAGCGAGGGCCCACCCUCGAUCCUACAACACCACUGGCCAUGCAGCUUCAUUUCGUGAACCUUUUCGCCGGAGACGAUACACCGUACGAGAGCUUACACGCUCUUGUGAGCCAUGGUGUAAAACCGUGGUUUGAUGCCUUUGUGGGAUCCAGGGGCGGGGGCAAGGACGGCGACUCGAAACUGGGUAUCCCAAUGACGAAGAAAAAGUUCGCGGAGCUCGAAUUAUCCCUUCUUCACCUGCAACAGAACGUCGAAAUCCCCGAAACCCAACUCGUUAUCCAUCCAGUUGUCCAGCGUGCCGUGCAGCAGGCUCAAGAGGCUGGUGUACGGCCCAAUAUUUCUCACCUACCCCCGAAACUCCUGAACGACAGCAGCUUCCUCAACGCCCUCCAUAACAACGUCAACUCAUGGAUCAAGUCUAUCCAAGCAGUCACCAAACUUACUCGUGAUGUCGCCUCAGGAACCGCGUCGCAAGAGAUCAACUUCUGGCUGUCCCUUGAGCGAGCUUUGGAGAACAUCGAAGCUCAGCUACGCACGGAGGAGGUCAACAUGGUCAUGGACUGCCUUCGAAACGCCAAACGGUUCCGUGCUACUGUCAGUUUCAUCGCUGACACUGGUCUGAAGGACGCCACGGACCAGGUGCACAAGUACAACCAGCUUAUGAAGGACUUCCCCCUGAACGACCUUCUCUCCGCGACGGAUCUGGACAAGAUCCAAGAAUCCCUCGUCCUCAUUUUCGGGCACAUCAACAGGAAGCUGAAGUUGUCGCCAUACCCCAUUCGACGUGCACUACCCCUAGUCGAAGCCAUCUCUCGCGACUUCAACGACGUCCUCCUCCGCGUCCUCACCUCCCAUCGACUCCCUUACACACCAUACGAUACCUUCGAACGCCUCCUCUCUCAAACUGCCAACAUCUUCAAGACAUGGGACGAGCACAUCAAAGAAUUCACGAACGUCGCUCGUGAGUUGACCCGAAGGAGAGGAGAGAAGUUCAUCCCGAUCAAGAUCCAACCUGCACAUGCGAAACUGCAGGAGCGGACCCGCUACCUGCGGGAGUGGAGGAAGCAGCAUGAGCAGUUGGCUGUCAUGACUGGGCCUACGAAGGGUCUCGGGGGCACAGGGAUGGAUGUAGGCGGGAUGGACAUGGAGGAGGAGGUCAAGGAGGCAUACGAGAUCAUGAAGCGGAUCGAUGUUCUUGACGUCUCUGUUGAGGGCAACGAGAUCUUUGCUGCCGCUGAGCAUGCUUACAAUGAGCGUGUGUCACGGGUGGAGAACCAGAUCAUCGCUCGUCUGAGGGACCGUCUUGGAACGGCUAGGAACGCCAACGAGAUGUUCCGUGUCUUCUCCAAGUUUAACGCUCUUUUUGUUCGCCCCAAGAUCCGUGGUGCCAUUCAAGAGUAUCAGACCCAGCUCAUCGACUCGGUGAAGGAGGACAUCAAGCACCUACACGACAAGUUCAAGACCCAAUACCGCUACUCCGAAGCGUACCACAUGUCCCAAAUGCGCGACCUCCCUCCCAUCGCCGGCGCCAUCAUCUGGGCUCGCCAAAUCGAACGACAACUCCUCGCCUACAUGAAGCGUGUCGAAGACGUCCUCGGUAAAGGCUGGGAGCUCUAUGCCGAAGGCCAGAAACUCCAAUCCGAAAGCGCCGCCUUCCGCAAGAAGCUCGAAACGCGCCCUGUCUUCGAAGCAUGGCUGCACGAUAUCAAUCGACGCAACAUGGGCGUUGACGGUCGCUUGUUCGAGAUCGUGCGGCUCCGUGGAGGAGGCUAUCAACUCGCCGUGAAUUUCGACCCGCAGAUCAUCACUCUGUUCAAGGAAGUGAGGAAUUUGCUGUGGUUGAAUUUUUCGGUGCCGCAUGCGAUUACGAAUAUGGCGAAGGAUGCGAAGAGGGUGUAUCCGCAUGCUGUUAGUUUGAUGGAGACGGUUAGGACGUAUGGGCAGACGCUGGAUCUUGUGGAGAAGAAUAAGGGGAUUGAGUGGUUGGUUGCGGAGUAUAGGAAUGAGUCGCAGAGGAUGAUUAGCAAGGGUAUGAAUAUUCGUUGGGAUUAUUUCAUUAAUCAGUAUGAUACCUCGCGGUAUGUCUCGAGUUCGGAUGGGAGGGACAAUCGCCAUAUCCAGUUUGUGCGGGAGUUUGCGAGUGUGGUGUCGGUGUUGCAGGACAAGACGAACAAUGUGAUCGACUUGUAUAAGGAUAUCCUCCGCGCAGUGGAAGACCUUGCAACAUGUUCUUACACCACAGAAGCCUUCUCUGAACUUUUGAACAGGAUUCAAGCUGCGAUUGAUCGACUCAACUUGGAGGGUUAUGCCAACCUUGAACACUGGGUCGCUGAGCUCGACAAACGGAUAGAGGGUAUCCUGUUGCAACGACUCACGCAGAUCAUCCAAGUCUGGUGCUCUGAAUUCGACCGAACAGAUGAGGAUCGACGUGAUAUCCUUGCUUCGCGGGAUCUGAUGGGCAAGCGACGUGGCGACAAGAGGCUGAAAGAGGAGAAGUUCUUGGAGCACCAUAUGGUCCUCAAGCCUAUUGUGCAUGAAAUCCGGAUACAGAACCAGGUCAUUUUCUUGGAUCCUCCAAUCGAGUAUGCUCGUGCCUCGUGGAUUAAGCAGUUGCAUGAUUGGUUGGGGAUUGUGUGCCGCCUUCGACGGAUACAGAGUUCGAGAUAUGAGAUUGGCUUGCAGAUGCAACGUUCGGCUGCCGUUGAAACUACCUACACAUCACUCCUCACCCAAUUCCCCGAUGCGACCCUCGAAAAACCCUUCGCGCUCAUCGAGACCAAAGUCCAAGAACUGAAAGCCUACGUCGGCAAAUGGCUACAAUUCCAAUCCCUCUGGGACCUCGAAGCCGACUACGUCUUCAACCGACUCGGCGACUCUCUCGCCCACUGGCAACAACUCCUCACCGAGAUCAAGAAAGCGCGUACAACAUUCGACACGAGCGAGACGAGCAAGAACUUUGGUGUUUGUGUGAUUGACUAUGAGCAGGUGCAGGCGCGGGUGAAUGCCAAGUAUGAUGCGUGGCAGAAGGAGAUUUUGAGUCGGUUUGGGGUUAAGCUUGGGAAUGCGAUGAAGGAGAUGCAUGCGCAGAUUUUGAAGGCGAGGAAUGAGCUUGAGCAUCAUUCGAUUGAGGGGUUGAUGGCUGGUGGGGGUGGGCAGAGGAGGUUUUGAGUUGUAGAGAUUUGAGCUAUGAUACCUAUUGUCUUUUUUUUCUAGUUUACUAAUUCUUUUUUUGAUAUCCUUUGUAUACACACUCUUUUUUUC